AUGAGCUGCCCAUCACUACCAAUUGAUCCUGAUUCUCCUUGGGAUCCAAAAUAUCCCACCACGAAGAACCACACUCCGUCAGCGAUAUCUCGCGAUGAAGUCCUCUGGAUGUUACAGCAAGGGCAAAAGCCGGGAAAAGACUUCGUUCUCGUUGAUCUCCGCCAGGUUGAUCAUACUGGCGGGACUAUUCGCGGUUCGAUCAACUUACCAGCACAGAGUUUGUAUCCCACUCUUCCUACACUCUAUACGUUAUUCACGAGCGCUGAAAUCAAAUGCGUCAUAUGGUACUGCGGCUCCUCGCAGCAUCGGGGACUUCGUGCUGCCGCUUGGAUGGACGACUAUAUCAAAGAGCAAGGGAACCCAGGCAUUCGAAGUUUCAUGCUACUUGGAGGUAUCAAAGGGUGGGCAAAUUCAGGAGCUGAGUACACAAGGCUAAUGGACGAGUAUCAAGAAGAUGUCUGGUAUUAG